GAGCCGCCCCGCGCCCGCCCCGCGCCCGCCCCGCGCUCCGCCCUCCGCCGCCACCACCGAGCGCUCCUCCGGGCCGACCAGAAGGGCUCGGGGCCGCUCUCUCCGGCGGCGCUUUCCGGUUCCGUGCCGGCCAUGCUGCGCUGCUGCCGGGCGGCCGCGGCCAUCGCGGCGGGCGGCGGGCGCGGAACCGGCUCCCCGGGCGGGCGGUGCGGCCUCGCCAUGGCCAAGAGCAAGUUCGAGUACGUGCGGGACUUCGAGGCGGACGACACCUGCCUGCCCGACUGCUGGAUAGUGGUGCGGCUGGACGGCCGCAAUUUCCACAGGUUUUCUGAGCAGCAUGAGUUCAAGAAGCCAAAUGAUGACCGUGCCCUGCAGCUGAUGACCAGGUGUGCCCAGACAGUGAUGCAAGAACUGGAGGAUAUUGCUAUUGCUUAUGGACAGAGUGAUGAAUAUAGUUUUGUCUUCAAAAAGAAGACGAGGUGGUUUAAAAGAAGGGCAAGUAAGUUCAUGACUCACGUGGUCUCCCAGUUUGCCUCAAGUUACGUUUUCUACUGGAAGGAUUACUUUAAGGACCAGCAACUUCUGUACCCACCAGGAUUUGAUGGACGAAUUGUGUUGUAUCCCAGCAACCAGAACUUGAAGGACUAUCUCAGCUGGAGGCAAGCAGAUUGCCAUAUUAAUAACCUUUAUAAUACAGUGUUUUGGAUGCUUGUACAGCGAAGUGGUUUGACACCAGUGGAAGCACAGGACAGGCUCCGGGGAACUUUGGCUGGAGAUAAGAAUGAAAUCUUAUUUUCUGAAUUCAACAUCAACUACAACAAUGAACCUUUGAUGUAUAGAAAAGGAACUGUCUUAAUAUGGCAGAAGGUUAAUGAAAUCUUCACGAAGAAAAUAAAACUGCCAAAGGAAACAGAAGAAAAGGAAGUGGAAGUGACCCGGACUAAGACUAAAGUUGUUCCUCUGCACUGUGAUAUCAUUGGGGACCAGUUCUGGGAGGAAUAUCCUGAGAUUCUGGCUGAGGAUAGUUGAUACCUCUGACAAGUACAAUUGGUAGUUUACAUUUUGCUCUGCUUGGGUUGUUGGCCACUGAGUAAUACGGAUGGUGGCUGGCAGAGUUUAACCUGUAACCCUCUUCAGCAGCUCCGUUGGUUUUAUUACUGUUGUUGCCUGAAAAGAAGACACUGGUGUGUUGUCUGACAUACAAGGCUACGCCCAUAUGGAGAGCUAAAAUCAUAUUAUAUUUUGAAUGUUAAGACUGCUUCCUUGUACAUGUGUAUUUGUAGAAAAAGUGUAUAGAAAUUUCCUGCAUUUCUGUACCAUUUAAAGCGUGAGGUAUUUUACCGAACUGCUGAACCAUAAAAAAGCUUGCAUAUUUGAACAGAAAAUUAUUAAUUUUAUUUUUGUUUCAACUGAGUUGGACCAGAAUACUCAAUUGGCAUAUAGUAUUUGAAUUCAAGGCCAGUGUGUUUGGUCAGAUGAGUGACACACCAUUCAACUGCCUAAUGUCUGAUUCUUACUGAAAGGAAAUGGAGCAGCUCAGCAGUUUCCUGACAGAUGUUAAAAGUUUUUGUCAAAUGUACAGGAUUUUUAUACUUGUAAAAAGUAAAAAUAAUAAUAAUACCUUCUCUGGUAUGGUUUAUCAUGUGGCCUUCCUCAUUCCUGGGAUUUUUACUAGUAAGUGGUGAAAGUUCCAAAAAGUGAAGUUAAUAAAGAUACUGUACAGACUGGAAUUCUCUUAGGACAGGGAUAGACUUUUCUCACUUUCCAUAGCUUGGGAAGUCACCCGUCUCCUACUGGGCAGGAGUGGCAGUAGCAACACAGGGGAACAUUCCUGGUGCCUGCAAAGAGGGAGCCAACAUCAACUUGUACUGCUGUUUUCUGAUUUUCCUGGGAAUGACACAGACAUAGCAGUGCUGACAAUCCGUGUUAGUUAGAGGGAAGAGAGGAAUGUGUGUUGUCUGGUUAAUGCACAGGUUUGUUCUGGUUAACUAUCAGUUAAGACCCUUUGUCAAAGCAGUUAAAUCAUACAACCUCUCAGAGCAGAAAAAUUUCUGCUAAUGGAUAGGGGCUUGGAAUUUGAGGGAAAUAACCUAUUUCAGUGUAGAAACACAGCUAUAAUGACAUAAUAGGUAUUUAUAAGGCUAUUACUACUUCUGACCAUGCUGGUUUCAAACCCAUGGUGCUAGAACAGUAACUGAGCCAGUUGUUACUAAGGGAGAGAUAGUCAGCAGUUGGGACUGGCCAUAAAAAUGGAAAGAAAGGAUCAAAUGUGACUGAGAAGGUCAUGCAGUACAGAGUUCAUUUCCCAUGAAUUCACUUAUCAAUCUACUCUUGUUUCUCCUUCCUGCAGGAAGAACUUGCACAUUUAAGGCAAUGUGCCUUUUGGUGUGUUUUUUUUUUUUAAAAACAGCAGCCAGGUACUGAUGUAAACUACUACUUUGUAGUUUCUUCCUGAGAUUAAACAAUGAGCCUGUGUGUUUAUAAUAGCACAGGGCUUCCCCUUCUGCUGCUCUGUGCUAAUAUUGAGCAGUUAAGAACAAGCAAUGAGAGAAUGUAUUUCGCUUCUAGUUUGUAGAACAGGCCACAAAAUUCCUAGGAAGAGGAUGUGAGUGACUGUGAGAUAAAGAUUCUGAAUGAAUCAUUCUACCAGUCAUUUACCCCUAAGAACUUUUUAUCUGUCUGCGGGUUUUUUGUCUUGUAACGCAAAUGUAACUUACUUGACUUUGAAAUGCCAUUUGUUACUGUCUGGUGCCUGACUUUGGACAUUACAUACAAAGCGGCUGUUCCAGAACUGGUAACACUUCGGAUUUACUCAGACUAAAGAUGAAAAAAAAUAAUUUGGCAGCCAUGAUUUCAUGCUCAGAAAGUAUUAUGUAGGUUUUUUAUCUUAUAUAUUAUGGCCACCUUAUACAUUAUACAACAUAUCUAUGUAUGUACCUUGUGUGUGUGUAUAAAAAAUGGGUCUGUAUAAGUUCUUAUCAUCAGAGUGUUUUCUAAUUAACUCAUCCUUACAAUAAUAUGGAAUAAGCCAACAUGCAGACUUUGGAACCGAGAUACGGAUUGUCUGUACAACCAUGGCCUUUAAUUUGUGUUAAUAUAAAUUCUAGAGAAAGAAACUCUCUGUGGCAUCCUCAUGCAUAAAGUCAUAUAUAUGACUUAACAGCUGUAGGGGAAAAUAAAUACUCCCAAGUUUCAAGCAGCAGCCUGGUGUUGGUGGCACACACAGAUCGACCUGUGCCCCUGUUCUUCCAUGUAUUGCUGUAGCUUAGAAGUCCUGUACUGUGACCCAGUGAAGAAAGAGGGGUUUUCUGUGCAGUUGGGGAAUGACCUGUGACUGAUGUAUUGCUGUAACAGGCGGCAUUAAAUGUACGGGAACCUGUUAUGAAACAUUAAUGGAGGUGGUGAAUCAUUACAGUAAAACCUCUUUGCAGCA